AUGAAGACAAAAGAAGUUCAAGAAGAGUUGCUAUCUUCGGUUAACAUUAAAGGGUUGAAUGUUGAGUCCUCUCAACAAUGCGAAAAAGCAAAAGAAUCUCACUCUCUUGGCCCAAUGGAUAGGUUUGCUACAACAAUCAACCCGGAAGCAUCAUUGAACGUGGCAAAGACGAUGCGGGAACAAAACAUUAAUGAUGCUAUUUGGAAAGAACGAUCCAACUUGGUGAAAGAUUAUUUCAUCGAUUGGGCUUAUGAAGCGGGCAUAUCAUUCAAUGCAACCGAGCUUGAUAGCUUUCGGCUCUUUAGCGAAGCGCUCGGUCAAUUUGGGCCGAGAUGGAAGCCUCCUAGUUCGUAUGAGAUGAGAGAGCCAUUGUUGAAGAAAGCGGUUGAGAGAACAAAACUCAAG